AUGGCGCACGGUUACGUACAUGCAACGCUUACCUGGGCGGUGCUUUCGUUGAUGUUGGGUGUGAUAACAGAGCAAGGAUAUGGUUGGAAUCUGCAACCAAACGCGAAUUAUCAAGGAGCGGGUUACUUUGGUGGACGUGGCGCAGGCACUGUAGGCAAUCAAGGUUCAGGAGGCGCUAGUGGUGGAUCGUGGAGUGCGGGAGCUGGUGGUUUCCAAGGUCAAUCAGGUGGAGGUAGUACAGCAGAUCGAGCUUCCGGUGGAGUGGAUCGAGCAGUGGGCAUUGGAGCCAACCAAUGGACGGGUGGUGAUAGUAGUAGAGCUCUGGGAGGAGUAGCAGGAGGAGUGUCCACAGCCAGUGAUAGUUUUGGAGGUGCUGGAACAGGUUUUCAGCAGUCGGGUGGAAUCAAUUCUGGAGCUCACUUAGCGACAGGUUCUGAAGGUGGUGCUAGUUACAACAACCAAGGAAAUUCGGGCAACUUUGGAGCUUCUAAUGUUGGUCUUGGUCAGUUUGCUCCUCAUCAUGCUAAUAGACCAGUUACUGAUGCUAAUGCUUUUGGAGGAUCUUUCGGAUCAUCCGGACCAGGGUUUGGAGCAGGUGGACAUUAUCACGCUAGUCGACCCGCAACCUAUGGUGUUCAACCAUGGCGCUACGGAGCACCGCAUUACGGUGGUUACGGUGCAGCCAGAUGGCCGUGGCACGGUAAUGGUUACGUUUAUCGGGUUCCGGUAGCACACAUCAAUCCGGACGGAAGUUACAGCUUUUCCUACUACACACCGCACUUUUCCCGCGAAGAAACUGGACACAGCAAUGGAAAUGUCGAAGGAACGUACGGCUUCCAGAACGAUGGUGUGAAGCACAAUUUUUCCUUCAAUGCUGCACCGGAUGUAGAUCUGCGGUCAAGUAUCGGUGACUCCCGCGUGGGUGUUCCUAGUCCGGAUGAGUAUGGGCCACAGUCGGUUCAUUCGCGAGCGCGAUUACCAUUAGUGCCACAAACAACCUUCCAGCCUGGUUUGGACGAACAGACCAGGACCGGUGAUGGAGUUCCAAACAGUUGGGCCAGCCGAAGUGGUGUUGAUGCGGGUGCAAAUGAUCAAAGUUCACUUGCCGUUGUUGGGUUACCGAAAGCAUCAACAGAAGCGAGCGAUGCUGCACAGCCUACUGCUCCUGCUGCUUCUACUACUGAUCGCAAUCAAAUAGUGCGAGGAUCACCAGAAUCAGUUGGUGUCAACGAUCUGGAAGCGCGAUUAUCUCAAGCGGAUGGAACGGUAACAACUGUUCCCCCACUGGGCGGAUCUGUGGAACAGGUGGUGACACGUCCCGAGAAUGAAGUGCCCUCCUACAGUAACGAAAUCGGACAAAAUGAUUUGCAGGAUGGUACUGUUUCGCCUGACAGAUCGUAUCGCUUUGGCUACCAAACACCGGACGCAGCUCGUGAAGAAACUGCCGAUCAGGCAGGUAACGUUCGGGGAUCGUUUUCCUACAAUAAUGAAGCGGGCCGCAAUGACAUGCAGUACAUCGCUGGGGCAGGUAUGGGCUUUCGUCCAACUGGGGGAAGUUUAUCCGUGCCGAAUGGCUUAGGUGGAGGUGGUACCGCAACCGGUGGUGCUACUGGAACUGGAUUGUUUGGCGGAUCUGGCGCUGGUUUUGGAGAUAGUGGAGCCGGUGGUAAUCAAGGAGUAGGAGGAGCUUUUGGAGGGUCUGGUGUUGGGUUUGGAGAUAGCGGAGUUGUUGGUAAUCAAGGAGUAGGUGGAGCUUUUGCAGGCACUGGAACUGGUUUUGGAGGGGUAGGAGCUGGAAACCGUGGUGGACAAGGAGUUGGAGGAACUUUUGGAGGAUCCGGCUCUGGUUUUGGAGAUACUGGAGUUGUGGGCAAUCAAGGAGGAACCUUUGGAGGAUCUGGUACUGGUGCUGGAGGUGCCGGAGUUUUUGGCAACCAGGGAGGACAAAGAGUAGGAGGUAACUUUGGAGGAUCUGGUUUCGGGGUUGAAAGAGGCGCAGGAGGGCAAGCAGGUUCUGGAGUAGGUGGAAACUUUGGAGGAUCUACUGCAGGAUUUGGAGGUGAUGAUAGAUCUCGUGCUUUUGGAAACCAAGGAACACAAACCGGUCUUAGAGCAGGAACUCAAGGUGCAGGUUUUGGAGGUGACGGUAGGCCAUUGGCAUUCGGAAAUCAAGGAUCACAACUGGGUGGAGGCGCAGGCGGUACUUUCGGAGGAACUAACACAGGUUUGGGAGCUGAUGGACGCCCGUUAGCUUCUGGCAAUCAAGGAGCACAAACCGGUUCCGGCACAAGGGGAACCUUUGGAGGCUUUGAUGGAAGAUUUGGUAGCCAAGCAGGACAAGGAUUCGGAUCCUUCGGUAAUCAGGGAACUACACAUAACCCUGUUACUAGAAGUCCAUCUGCAAAUGGUUUUGAUAAUGGUCAAUGGAAUGGUUCAACACGUCGAUCUGGUUCAGCCUCAGAGGAUAGAGCUGAUGAAAACACCACCGUAAACGAUGAAGAUGCUGAACAAACAACUACGUUCGGAGAUUAUGGAGAUGUAGCUGGCGCAAGACUGUUUACUAACGCAAACCGUCGUUUAGCGCAGUGA